AAAUGCAGGCGUUGAAAGUGGUUUUUGUAUUGGGAUUGACUCUGUCAGUUACCUUUGCUGUCAUACCCGGUCGCAUAACUCCCCUGCAGGGAGUACAACUUGUAGAGGCUAAGGAGCUUUUGACCAGAACUCUUGAAAAACUGGCAACUGGAGAUGGUCCCAACUACCAAGUUGUCAAAGUGAUUAAGGCAACCACACAAGUAGUGGCAGGCACUCUUAAAAAAUUCGAGGUGAAGCUGUUUAAUGGAUCGGUAACAAGGGAGUGCGAAGUGGGUAUUUGGACUCAUCCCAGGCAAAGCGAAAAUGGAACCGAAAUCACUAUCCAGUGCUCAGGUGAUAAGCUGGUGCAGAUAACCUGGUAAAACGUUAUUGUUUAAAAAUAUCAUAUAAAGCUUAUGGUCGAAUAAAAUUCUUUAAAAAAUCUUAUUUCGAAACAGGAAAA